AUGUUGGACCAGGCACCGUGCGGGCCUGCCGUGCCUUGCUUGAGCCGGCAGGCCCGCGCGGCAGUGAUGGCAGAUACGCUUGCGAGCCAGGGCAAGGACGCGGCCGGCGACGGAGAGCUCGGCUGGAAGGGGGCCUAUGUACGUUUUGGCAACACGGAGACCGGGCUGCUCAAGUUGGUCAAAGGGCGCGGCAAGUGGUCUCCGUCGGGAGCGACGGCAGCGGCGGUGGCGGGGGAGGAGGAGGAGGCCGAGGAGGAGGGGGAGGAGGGGGAGGAGGAGGAUGCCCCCAAGGGAAAGCUCCAGCAGCUGCCUGGCGAUUACCGCUUUGCGCGGGAGCAGGUACGUUUGUUUGAUUUUGAGGCUUUCGGAGGCUUUGGAAAGGAGGUUCGCAGCACCCUGAGGGAGGCGGCGAACCAGCUGAGCAACAAACUUUCGCACGCUCAGCACCUGGACGAGGUCACAUGGACCACCAAGAACUGGCACGGGCUGCAGAUGCAGCGCUUGUCUGUCGUCCUCCACACCGCCGUGGCGUGUCCUCAACGUGUGCGCUAG